AUGCGGUUUCAAUCGCCUCAGCUGGGCGCCAUGGGCGUGACGUUCACGAUCAUGCGGGCUGGCCAGGUAGCGUCGCUGAUUGCGGCCAUUGGCAUGUGUGCCAAUUUCAUUAGCAACAUCGCGACGGCUGAGCAUAAUCCGCCUGCUGAGCUCGUUGGGACGCUCACAGUGGCCGUGACAUCCGUAAUCUACGUCGCCAUCACAUACAUCCUCUACUACGACAACAUGCUCCCGCUCCUCCUAACCGCCAUCCUCGACAGCCUGCUUCUCAUCGCCAGCAUCGUCGUGGCCGCCCUCCUCGGCAAACCCCUCUCGUCACUCAACUGCAGCAUCCUCUCCACGGAAUCCGCCCUGGCCGCCAACCCGUCUGUGAUGUCUUCAGGCGGCCUUCCCUUCGCCGGCACAGUCAUCACCCAAACCCUGCCCUACCCUUCCUUCGUGGCCCUGGACCAGGCGACCUGCUACGAGAUCAAGACAGUCUGGGGCCUGUCCAUCGCGCUGUGCGUGCUCUUCGGUUUCUCCGGGCUGGUCUGUGUCGGCCUGUGGCACCGUAUCCGUCGCGAGGCGGCUGCGGCCGAGCCGAAGGAUAUCGAGUUUGAGGGUUAG